CCAUCGUGAUUCUGUCGUGUCCUGCGGUCAUUCUCACACACAUCUCUAUAUCCAUGACUUUGCGUCAACAUGCCCCUCCCAUCAUUUGUCGAAACUGUACUGAAGGGGAAAAAAAAGUGUGUGUGUGUUGGAACAGAAUGUGGAUGCCAUGAUAGGCGUGGAGGACCUGAGACAAUGACUAACAGUAUCUCAUAUGAGCCAUACAGGUGGGACGAUAGGAAAACUGUGGGAGGCAAAUCAAGAUUUAGGAAAUAGCACUGGGUGGGAAGGUAACACUGAGGGGUCUUUUUGAAUGGAAGUAGCUAUUCUCAUAGAGCAACAUGCUAUCUUCUAAACCAAGUCACAAUGGAUGAAAAAAAAAUGUGAUGUACUCUGGAACAGGUCACUUGUUUGUCUAUGUUCAGCUUCAAAGCCCUAAAGCUAAAGCACAACCUGGGAAAAACCAAGUGUGUGACACUACCCACAGAGAAAAUGAAGAAGAGGAAUGGGACAAGUUCAGUCUUGCCCCUAACCACGUAUUUCUCUCCACUCUUCAUCUCUUUGAGACCACACCCAGUGACUGAAUUCCUUUUAAGACCUUGCCUCAUACUCAACAUCUUCAGAACAGACUAAAUCUUAAAUAGUUCAGACAAACAACGACUUCGGAAUCAAAAGGUUAACUCAAAGGAAAAGCGUCUCACUUCAGAACAAGAAAAGAGCACCAAUUUUAGAGCAUGGGUUCUGUUGGUGUGCACAUUGUGUGUGUGGGCUUGGGGAUCCUGGGCCUCAUCGCUGGGAUCGUUACCUGCAUUGUUCCAAAAUGGAAGGUGUCAGCCUUUGUGGGGAAUAACAUUGUGACUGCUCAGUCUCAGAAUGAGGGCAUCUGGAUGUCAUGCGUGACGCAGAGCACGGGCCAGCAGCAGUGCAAGCAGUACGACUCGAUGCUCAUCCUGAGCUCCGACCUGCAAGCAGCCCGCGCCAUGACCAUCAUCGGCGGCCUGGUCCUCGUCCUCGCCCUGCUCAUCCUCUUCGCCGGCUCCGACUUCACCACCUGUGUGCAGAAUGAGGACGCCAAGCCCAAGAUGUGCCUGGUGUCUGGAAUCAUGAUGCUGGUGAGCGGCUUACUCCUCCUUGUGCCCGUCAGCUGGUCGGCCCACACCACCGUGACCAAUUUCAACAACCCGCUGGCCAUGGAUUCCCAGAAGAGGGAGCUGGGAGCCUGCAUCUUCAUCGGCUGGGCCGGAGGCAUCCUGCUGCUGCUGGCCGGGGGUCUCCUCUGCUGCUUCAGCCGCGUCUCUGGAGGCUCUGGGUCCGGAAGCACCGCCAAGUACUACAGCAAUGGCGCCUCAGCACCCAAUUACGUCUAGAGUCAUCGGGCCUAUGUGUGUCAAAUAUGGAGGGAGCGAGGUUGUUUAGUGUUUGUAUUCGUGUGAGUGUCUGCGUCUGCUAGCAAGAGUGUUGCUCGUCAGGGGAAAAACAGAUUAGCUAAUAAGGAAGGACAGACAGGGGGGCAUAUUUUCUGAGCGCAAAAGCAAGGCCAGGGGAUGAAUAUUUUCAAAGCUAUGAGUUGCUAAAGCAGAAUUAUCUCAAGAGACCUACAUUAUAUUCAAGUUCUAAGUGGAGAUUGGGAGUACAUGUGGGUAGGGUUGCUUUUCAAAACUGAUGUAUAAGGCUGUUUUUAGUAUAUGUCUUCUCAGUCAUCAAAGGACAGUGUUGAAAGCUGACUCCUUUUUUGGACAACAUGUCCUGAAACAAAAUGUUGAUAGGAACUGUAUCAAUGCACGAUUCUCUGUAGUGUGGUGGGUCUGACUAUUCUGGAUUUGAACGUGAUCAGCUAGAUGUAAUUGGACAGAAUGGCACAUACAGGCAAGCUGAUGCCCAGUGUUGUAUUAGCUGAUCUUCCUCAGGUCAUUUUUUUUUUAUCUCAAUCGUCCAUAACAUUUCCAGUUUAGUCAUUUAAAAUUACCAGCUACCAAAGUCAAUUUAAUUUGGCAGCUGUUCAUUCAGGAAUCUGAUCUGAUGAUGUGUGUAUAUUCAUGUGUAGUAAAUCAGUAGAUAUCAGUAAAAAAAAAACCUUGAUAGCAUAAUUAGUAUUAGCGGUAGUGAGCAGUAGAAACUGUUCUGACCAUGAAACCAUAUCCAUGAAACUAAUGCAUGUAAAAUUCAACAAAUAUCAUGACAAUUUUAAUUUUAAUAAAAAAUGUUUCUGAUCAAA